AUGAUCAGAAAGAGAAAGUCUAACGUAGAAGAAAAUGGAGAUAUUGAAGCGAGCAUUGAAGCAGAAUUAAUGGAAGGAGGGUCCUUGUUUGCUCAAAGGGGUUCGAGUAUCAACAAUAUAAAUGGAUCUCUUAAUAAAGAUAUAAAAAAUGACAAAAAAGAAAUAAACGAAAUAAAAAAAGAAACUGAAAAAGAAUUGAAUCCUUUUUUUUCUGCUAUGUCAUUGAAUAGUAAUAAAAACAACAAUAUAAUAAAUAAUAGUAGCUCUAUAAAUUUGGAUAAAUUAGAAAAAUGUGAAUCUAUUGAGCAUAUUCAUAGUCGUCGCUCAAAAAAUAAAAAAAGUGUACACAGCUUAGACAGUGAUAAGAGAAAAGAAAAAAGGGGUUCAUCAAUUGAUGACUUAUGCAACAAAUAUGAAAAAGAGGUAAAGGAUUUAUUACAGAAUUUUGAGUUCAUGAGUUUUUCUCAAUUAUUUAAAAAUCCCUUCGAUCCAAAUAUGAAUAGAGAUGAAAAAAUUGUUAGAAUAUUUUAUUAUUCUGGAUUUACCUUUUUACCAUAUAUAGGAUGGGUUUUAGCGUCAAUUUAUGGAUCAUUCUCCAAAGGAAAAAAUAUCAAAAAUAUUAUAUCGUUAAGAAUUAUAAGUUCCAUUCAAAGUGUUGUUUUGGGAUUGAUUGCUAUCCUAAUCAUAAUCAACACGAGCAACAAUAAUAUGAUGCAGUGUGAACUUAACGAAAUCUCAUUUAAAAAAAAGUUAGUAAAAGAGGGAGGAUACAACAUCGUAUUUUUUGGACCGAGAAGCACAAAUGAUUGGAUGGAAUCUCAAUUGGCACAAAUAUCCGAGAAUUUAGAAUUCAACGUUUAUUCUAUCAAUUACCCCAAUAUCAAGAAUAGAAUAGCAUCCGAAAAUCAUCAAACCUUUUUAAAAACCGCACUCGAAUGUGCAAGCAUAAAAAACUCUCAUACUGUUCUUUUUUCCUUUCAACUGGAAAGUGCAUUAAAAUAUACAAUACCAUUCCUCGAGACAAAUGAAAUCCUUGGGUUUUUCAGCUACUGGAAAAGAUAUCCAAAAAAUAAAUCUACUAUACAAAAGGGAGAAAAUGAAAACAUAAUUUAUUUUUCCCCAUUAGAGCAAAAUUUAUACGAUAUUUAUACUUCAUUAACGUUUCGGAAAUGCCAAAAUGAGAAAAAUGAAUAUUACAACACCUUUCAUAUAAUGCAUCAUAGUUUUAAUAAAUAUAGGAUCAGAUAUUCGGACAACUUAGCUCGAGAUUACAGUAUAAUUGCAAAUAAUUUUAAGUUUGGCGCAAUUGGAGCUGAUGAAAAAGAAUCAAAAUAUGAAGACGAAGAUUUUAAAGAAGCAGUUGAUGGAUUUUAUCAGUAUUUAUUAUUGAUUCGAAGCAUUAUUUUUGAGGAUGAUUUAGAACAUUAUAAAAAUAUAUUAUGUAAAAGUAAUUUAUGCGAAGAAAAUGGAUCAGUGUGCGUUCUUUAA